CUAAUUUACGCAUUUUCAAUAUUUUCUAUAAAAUACAGGAAGGCAUCUAAAAUGAAAUCAUGCUAUAACCAGUUAAUUAAUAAACUGGUUAUAUAAUAAUAUGUUUUGUCUUUCAGAUGUAUGAUAGACUGGAAGAAAGGCAAAAAUGUCACUGUAAAAGUGAUUAAGAAGAAACAAAAACAUAAAGGUAUAAGACUUGUAUGUGUCUUGUGUUAGAACUAUAUUAAUCCGUGCAAUGUUGAAAAAUUUCCUUGCAUGGCAUAAUUUUUAAUUGGAAUGAAAAGUAUAUAUAUAUAUUUAUAUAUAUAUGUACAGGUAACAGUAUGGUUUCGAGUGCAAUUUGGAGGAAAACAUGCACAUUUUUUCAAUCCGCACGAGAAAGCAUACUACUACUUAUUAAUAAUAUACAUGAAAAAAUUAACCCCAUCCAAUUUUUACAAAAAAACCCCGCCAGCCAUGCAUUGUUGUCACUCCCAAAAACUCCUAAAUGUUUGUUUUUUUGUAUUCUGCUGGAAAUUGCUGUACCGUAUUGGCUAUUUUUGUUAUUGUUUCAUAUUUUAUAGCCAAUCACAAAGCCUAAAUAGUCCAUGAAAUUUGCACUGUAUUUCUUUUGUUUUGCAUGCACUGUAUCUCAUUUUUUGGCAGUGUAUUUCGAAGAAAUUGCACUGCUCUUAGCGAAUCAGAAUUGGGAAAUUUUUCAUGUAUAUAUUAGUAUAUAUAUAAACAUUUCCAUCUACAAAAACCUUUCUAUCGAGCGAGAUGCCAAAAAUCCUGAUAUUUGUCCUGGCAUCUCCUUAAUAUAAUUACGUAAACGUAAUUAUAGCUCAACAAGGGGACAGUGUAGCUCGGGUUGGUAAACACACUGUACCGGAAUCGCAGGGCCUAUUCCUGCGUAAACCCUCGUGGUUCCAAUAAAUUGUAAAUAUCGUAAAUGUUGAAAUUGUUGUGUUAGAAUUCUAGAAAAAGGCUGGUUAUGAUUUCUGCGAUUGGAAUUGGUUCGUUUCUUGCGAUUUAAUGGCAACCAAGCUAAAGGGCCUAUAUACUAUAGUUGCAUUUUUGGCAGCUUCUCCUGCAUGGUUAGGUCUAAGAAUGUAUAAAACUUACACUCGAAAUGUUUUGCUAAAACCUUUCGACAGUUAGUAAGUUCUAUCCAGUGAGACUCCCAAGAUUCAGGUCUCUCCUGCUUUUUUUUUUAUAAACCGCGACACCUUCUUGUCAAACAUGUCGGAAAUUGAAUUUUUACAUGCACGGUCGACUACAUUUAUAUAUUUUCCUUUGUUUUCCGAGUAAAAAUAGAAGAAAUUGAAUGCUGCAUGUGUUUUGUUUGCGGUCAGUUUUUAAAAGACACAAUAUUUGACUGAAAAUAAAGCAAAGGCAUUUCACUUUUUGUCCCAUCGUUUCUGGCAAAGAUUGUUUUCUUUAGGAUUUCAUAUAUUUAAAUAUUACUUUUGCGCGAUAUUGCUUUUAAAAUUGUUUUAUCCGAUUUCAUAGGAAAAGGUCAAGCAAAGUAUGUAAAUAAGACCGUCAAGAAUGACUCUUUCUUCAAUUUUUUUGCUCCUCCUGAAGGUACAGUAAAGUGCGAUCAUCAUGCAUGCUUACUCAAUUUUGCUCCUUUGAACAUCCCGGGUCCUGGGUAUUUUCUCCUCUCACGUAUUUCGGAUGCCCUAUCGGCAAUCAAUCUACGUAACCUUCUGUUAACUGGACAGACGUCAUUUAUGUCUGUAUCAAGUUAAUGCGAAUAUGUGAACGGAAUUUUUUGGAAAGACACUUUGUAGUAAUGUAAUGAAGGACAAGUACAGUCAUACAUAACUCAUGAAUACACUGAUACAUAGGUGAAGUGAAGUACAAGCAUACGGCAUGUAGUGACUUUAGAGCGUACAUUCUAAGCCCUAAUUUUCCAUGGAAUCUGGACUGCUGCACCUCCCCUAAAUAUUUCCCCCUCCCCCAUCCAGCAUUUCCAAGCCACCACGAAAAUAUGUUGAUAAAUGUUACUUAUUUAUUUCAAUUUGUUUGUAUUGCAGUUCCAGAAGACGGUGAUAUGGUACGUAUUAGCGUUUUUGAUCCACAAAUGAAAGUUAUUCUAAUUACUUAUGCAGUACUUUUGUUUAGGAUGAAGAGACUGAGCAGCUACUUGAAGCAGACUUUGAAAUCGGUCAUUUCUUCAGAGAAAGACUGAUCCCCAAGGUAACGAAAUAAUUACAAUUGAAUGGAAACUAUUUUUCUUUCUGCUUUUCAAUACUCCGAAUAACAAGACAUUGUAUGCAUUAAUCCGUAUUCAUGAUCCGUAUUCAUGAAUCGCAUGAUUAAUCCUAAUCUUCUAUUUGGUAUUUGUAAUUUUAGGCAGUUUUAUUUUUCACUGGUGAAGCUAUGGAUGACGAGGUAUUAUAUGAAAAUAUUUUUUGACAUACAUUUGGUAUCAUACAUGUAGAUAUUUAGUAAUUCUAUAACUUUGGGAAUAUUGUUAUUAACAUAAACACUGGAAGCAUUUUCAGUUGAGAUUGUAUAGCACGUUAGUUUUCAUGCACUAUGUGGUUUCGGUUGUUCCUGUUGGGUUAAGAAAGGAUAUUUGAUACAAUACAAGCUUAUGUAUAUGUUUAUCCUUGUGUUUGGUUCGUCCUCAUAACGGGCGCAUACGUAUUGGAUUUUUGCUAAACAUGCAAUUGCAAUGUUUUGGCAGAUCGAAGUGUGCAUGCAUGCAGAACUUAAGCAAUUGAUUAGUACUUAAGUACAUAGUAGAUAAGACUUGUGGAUUUGAUGAAGAAACUAUGAAGAACCAAUUGCUUUGCUUUUACAUACAUGCGCCGCAUUGUACACUCAACAUGUUCUCUCUAUUGAAAUUUUGACAUACAUACUGUACCGUUUCGGCUUAAGUAACAUUUUGAUUAAUGUAAACAGCAAAUCCAGAGUGCUAAAAAUUGCUGUAAACACCCACGAGCAUGUUUCAGAACUGCAAAGUAAUGUAAAGUAAUAUAAUUUAUCCCAUAUCUUACACCUUCGUGUGCUUAAAUAUUAUUGGUGGUAUUAUAUUGUGGUCUAUUAAUAGCCAAAAAAGCAAUUGAGAGAUCAAUUGCGUAUUUUGUGUCAAUUGAAGAAUGUUAUCGACUCGUCAUUUACACCUGAGUCUCCCUCGCAGCCGCUCUUUGUGUCCAGAUUUCUCCCCACCAGCGGCUGCUCAGUCGAACACAACAUUCCGUUCCCUUUGUCUUACGUUAGCCAAUAAGAUUUAGCGACAUAAAUAUCUAAAUAAAUUUAGCGACAUAAAUAUCUUAAUAAGUCCAAGGUCAUUUUUCCGAAAUUUAGAAGCAUUUCUGUGAUUGGUUGUUUUCAGGAAAGGAAUGUGCUUGAGUGAGCAGCCGCUCGUGGGGAGAAACCUCAACACAAAGACCGGCUGCGAAAAAGACUAUUUGCACCUUGAAACAUAGUCAAAAAUAUUACCUCUAAAGAGCUCUAAUUUUCUCGAUCAGCAAGCGCCAUUUCCAGCAGAACCUCCCAUAUUGUUUGUGGACUCGGUUGAAACUCAUAAGUAGACACGAGCAGGCUGCUCCAUUUAGUGUUCGGAGUUUUCUGGUGUAUUUUCGGUAACACUAGUAGACUCGAACCGAAUGUGGUCACAUGACUGUUGUGAACUUCUGGCUGCCCCUACAUUUGCUUACAAUGUUUGAUUGGGAAACAUUUUGCGAUCUUGGUAAUGACAAACAUUUAGAUUUCGAAUGUCUACAAACUUUUUCACGACUGCUUUCUCACGACUGCCUUCGGCCAAUGCAAUAAUAAAUCUCGAGAUGGCCAACGGCUUGUUUGUGGUGCAACGGCUUGUUUGCAUAUUUGAUUUGGUGGUUAAGGAUGACUAGAUUGAAUAACAUAUACAGUACGUUUACUCUACCACCCAUUAGACCAAGAACAUUUAUUUUGUGUUUUCCAUCCACUGACAUUUCCUUUCUUUUGUUUUAGUUUGACGAGGAAGAGGAGGAAGAGGUUGGUAUUUAGAUAAAUUUCUAUUUUAAUUUCACUCUACGGGGUACAGAUUACUAUAUAUAACCCUUUCCUCAUGUUUUCAGAAAACAUUCAGAUAUAUACUACCCAACUCAAGUUUUGGGAUAGCUUGCUUGCCUACAGUUGCAAGUGUUGUGAGAAUGCUGCUAUGCGUGCAAUAGAUUGAAACAAAAGCAACCAAGAAAUUAAAUUUUGUACAAUAUAGGUGAAUAAAUUAGGUGAAUGAACUCUUUUUUAUCUGAUUAUGUGAUUAUUCUGACCAAUUAGGAGGAUGAUGAAGAUGAUGAGGAACAACUAGGAGAAGAUGGUGAAGAUGAAGAUCCAGAUUUUAAACCAUCUGAGGUCAGUAGUGCAUGUGAGUUCAACUCCAGUAGUUAUGUUACCUGUAUAGACCUUUUUCAUUAAAUCACAGUUAAUAGAAGAGAUUACAAUUGAUAAUAACAAUAUAACUCGUUAUCUAGUCAAAGUUUAUGCAAACAUGUACUCAUGUGCGCUUUGUAUUUUUGCUAAAUCCAGCAAUAGUAAUUUUUUAAUUACCCAAUUGUUCAAGUCACGGAUAGAUAACUUUCCUAAAACAUUGCUAUUGGUUGGUUGGGCAAACGUACAGUACACAAAUGACUACAAUAGAUAAUGAAUUGUAAUUCUAUUGAGUCUCCAAACCACUGAUGUGAGAACUAGGUAUGCGUAGAGUAUCUUGUUUAAUUCAGUCAGCCAAUUUUGAAACUAGAAUAUUUGUAAUGAGAUGAGAUUUUAAAGUCUGUCAAAAUCUCUGCAAAUCAGGUCGUGCAUAGGCUGUCGCGGUAUUUGAAAAAAAAAACGAAAACCGAUACCGGAAAAAAAUACCGAUAAUACCGAUAUAUCGGUAUUUUUUUGCGAUUGUAUUUUGCUUAAUUUUAUGCAAAAUUUGCUUAAUUUAAUGCAAAAUUUUCUGUUUUCAAAUGAUGCCAAACAGCCACGAUAUAACAGCUUUGACUCAUCGGGUGCGUGAUAUUUUCAAUGAAGUGUGAGGCCAGUGAUCAGUAGCCUGUGAAAUGUCCGCUUUAGAAAUUGAAAAUGCAUAGCAUUGAUUACCGCACUUGAUAAACCAUGUGUGAUAUUUUUGACCGGGAAAUUUGUUUCAAAACAUGUUAUUCGACUGCGAAUUUGAAACAAAGAUUGUCCUAUCUCACCAGAUAAACAAUGUGCAAUGGCAAUGAGGUUAGUUUUUGUUUUAACAAAACAUUUUGUAAUCCACCGUUGAUUAUUGUCUAAAAGUUCACUUUUUGACAAACGAAAUGACAUAUUAUGCACCUUGCAACGCCAACGUAAAAAACAAACACGUUUGUCGUUUUAGUUCUUGCUCUAACCUUAAUAAUUAUCGGUAUAUCGAUGUACCGCAACAGCCUAGUCGUGCAUUACCCUGCUUCCAGAGGCUCUUUGCGAGGCGAAAGAAACGAGAGGCGAGAAAGAAGAGCCUUUGGUCACAUCGGUUGCAAAUCCCACUUCCACACUUGAUUAGGUUCAGAACUUAAAUCUCGCAUGUGAUUGGUCAUUUGUAAAAGUAUGUCAAACCGGUUUGGAAAAUAAACAUUAUACUGUAAGCUAAUUAUAGUUAUAAUAGUUUAAACUACACCCAAACGUGGCAUCAUCUGCCCAACCGCAAAAUAUUCAACCCAACAAUACACGAGGCCUAAAGCAAAGUGAAAACUGUCAGGCUGGACAGCCACAGCACAUGUGCAAAAAUGUUCGCUCGAACGUGCUGGCAACUGACCGAAUGGAAAACGACCUUAUUGGCCAGUUUCUUUUAUGUGGGGCUAUGAGCCAACAUUUCAAACAGAAAAGAAAGAUUUAAUAUUGUGUUACACAACGUUUAACCGACCGUCCGAUAGUUGCUUGUGUUAGUCAUAGAACUGCAUGUCCGAAGGUGCCCUUUAUAUAGAAAUGGUUAAUUUUGUGAGGGGGUUUUUAACUAUAUUUUUCUGAUAACCUUUUGGAUAGUACAACCAUUCGUGUUUACUCGCAUGUUUUGUGAUGUAGAAUACAGAGAUCCAGUGGAGUUGAAAUCGUGGUUGCAAUUCUGAAAAAAUUGUUUUUGGCUUUUUUUCAGGAAAAUCCUCCCGAGUGCAAACAGCAGUGAAAAAGAAUUAUAUACCGCUUUAGCCAGCGAACUCUAGGCAUGGUUAUGUCGUGUACUUUAUGUAUUUUUCAAUUAUAUAUUUAUGAAUUUUGUAGUAUACUGGUGGCAAAAACAGAUAUUAUAUUUUUGCUACGUAGGCCAAUAGUAAUUUUUAACCAUCUGUCCGUUACUUGAGCUAUCGGGUGAUUUGCAUAAAACUGUACUUAACGCUUUAUACACUUUAUACAGGGUGUAUAAAAAGUUCGCCAUUGUACAAUGGUCUU